UGAGGAAUGGAUGACAGGGAAACAAACAAAACUACAGCUUCUGAAAAAGUGGCAAUUAACAGCAUGACAGGUUAUCUACCAUCCCACAAUGGCGUGAGAAUAGAUCAUAAUAAAUGCAGAUAUCCUCACUGCAUUGUUUGGACACCUAUUCCUUGUUUGACGUGGCUGUUUCCAUUUAUCGGGCAUAUGGGUAUUGCUACAUCAACAGGGGUCAUUAGGGAUUUUGCUGGACCAUACUUUGUUUCGGAAGAUGAUAUGGCUUUUGGAAGACCAACUAAAUACUGGCAGCUGGAUCUGAACAAUGUUCCUAAAGGCAAGGAAAAGUGGGACAAGUCAGUGGCAGAGGCUUCGGAGGAAUACAAACAUAGAAUGCAUAAUUUGUGUUGUGAUAAUUGCCAUUCUCAUGUUGCCAUGGCAUUGAACUUAAUGAACUAUAAUAACAAGUCUAGCUACAACAUGGUGGUUCUAUGUUUGCUGAUGCUCAUCCAUGGGAAAUAUGUCAGUGUGUGUGGAUUCCUGAAAACCUGGCUUCCUUUCCUGAUCAUGGCCUCCAUAAUAACAGUUGUAUGUGUGCUGACUUUACAUGUGUGAAGAAGAAAGAACUUGAUGAUACAUGUCGUUCAGAUCUUUGUUACCAAAAAUUAUCGAGUUGGUUUCAACUUUGAAGAAAUCCCUAUGACUAUGGUACUUUUGUGAAGUACUUCUGUUUGAGAUAUUUAUAUAGUGUCAUUAUUGUUUUUUGUAUUAUAAGACCACCAAGAAAAACACCUAUACACUCAAGGAAGUAUAUAUAAUAUAAUCUUUCAGAAUGAUUUGUUUUCAGAUUAGAUUUUUUUUUUCAAUUCAGUGCAUUACAAAAUUUGGUGAAGCAGAAGUACAUGUUUUGUGGAUGAAUUUUUUAAGAAUGUAUGUAAAAUAAGCAUGAUAAAUGAAUUAUUUUUAAUCAUACUUUAAUGAUAUAAUUUUGUUCAAUUUUUUUUUUUUUGAAAUAGAAAAUUAAAACCAUUAUUUUGAAUGUCCAAAUUAUACUAGAUAUAGAUCAUUUUCAUGAUUUAAUGUAGACUGCAAUUUAAAUAUGCAAUCUAAGCAAAAAUAUUGGUUUAGAAUGAUUAGUCUGUUAGUGGCUGAGAAAAUACAGCUAUAUCGCAGCCUCUGACUGAAAUAUGGCUGUAAACAAUAUAGAUACUCUAUAGAACAAUGAAAUGUCAUACAUGUAUUAUAGGAACAUGUAUAUGUAUUGCAGUUUCCAAACUGUGGUUUCCAAAUGAGGAAAAAUUUAGCUCUAUCUGAACUAAGAAAGUUUUUUUUUUUUUCAUGCGAAGCUUAAUAGUGUUUCAUUCAUACCUGCCAGGCUGGUAAGAUAUAGAGGGUUUUUGUUAUAUCUUCUAUAAAUAUUUUAUUGAAAAAGUGAUUUACCAGUAGUUUCAUACUCGCAGACAAGGAAUCCA